GCUGGCUCUGGCAGUGAACAAAGUGAACCAACAUGUUAAUAACACGAGUGACUUCCCAGUUACUGAAGGCUUCACGAUUUACAGGCCGCCUGUUGCCACGCUCGGUGUCUUCCUUUCUUUGCCAUCAUUCUGUGACUGCACACUAUAGCACCCAGCCCCCUAACACGAAUGGAGCCCAGCCUCAGCAGUGGUACGCUCUGGACCCUGACCUGGAAGAGAUGCUGAUCCCCAGGAAGCUCUCCAUCAGCCCCUUAGAAAGCUGGCUGACGGUCAGGUACUCCCUUCCUAAAGCAGAAGUCCUCGAUGCUCAGGAGGAAGUGAGUGAGGAACCUCUCCAGAGUUACAGCUGCCCCCCAUCCACUGAGGGAGAUGGUGUGGGGGAAGGAGAAGGAACAGUUAACAGCAAGGUGCAGUGUAAGAACGUUCUGGAGAUCCGCAGGAGGAAGAUGAAUCGGCACAAGUACAAGAAGCUGCUGAAGAGGAGGAAGUUCAUACGGAGGAGGAUCAAGGAAGGGCGCAAGAAGAAACGCCAGAUAAAAUUUGAGAAAGAUUUGGAGCGCAUCUGGAAAAGAGCUGGUUUGAAAGGUCCUCCCUCAGGAUGGCAAACACCCAAGAUAUUUCUCAAAAGUUCCAAGAGAUAAAAAACCCUUGUAAUGAGUUGUAAUUAAAAUAUUUAAGUACCUGGGUUACAUUUAGCCUUUUUCUGAGGGCGAUGAGAUGAGUAGGAGGAAGCUUUUUAAGUCAUGAUGAGUGGUUUUCCGAGGACAAACCUGACAGGAGGAUGUUUUUCCUCCCUCCAAAGAGUGGUGUGAGC